UUUCUUCAAUGGCCGGCGCAAAAGUUCAGGUCAAUAAGCCUCAUAAGACCCGCUUUGCUUCGAAGUCGACCCGCAAUGUACACAAAGUGUCUCUUCAAGAUAAGAGAAAGGCUGCUAAAUCUGAUCGCAAUGUUGGAAAAGGUACUGCUCGUGAAGCUAGAUUGCAACGCAAUAAGAUGGCAAUGGAGAAGAAACGUGCAGCUGUUUUAAAGGAAAAAAGGGCUCUUUCCACUGGAUCAGCGAGCUCUCCCCGUGUCAUUGUUCUUUAUGGUCUUUCUCAAACAGUUGAUUUAGAUUCACUUGAAAGGGAUCUUCUCACUUUGUUAACCACGAAUGAAGCAACCAAUGCAAAUACAAAUACAAAUACAAAUACAACAGUUGCUUCUUCGGAAUACAAGCUUAGAGCAACGGUGAUGCAAGCACCCCAUGGAGACUUAUUGUCAUGCAUGGAGAUGGCCAAGGUUGCAGAUCUUCUUGUUUUUGUUGUCUCCGCUCACACGCAUAAAGAGGGUUCCACUGGAUCUUAUAUUGAUAAUCUUGGAUCUCAAUUCCUUUCCGUGUUCAGAGCUAUUGGUCUUCCAAGCACAACAGUAUUGAUUCGUGAUCUACCUGAUGAUCCAAAAAAGAGACAUGCUGCAAAAAAGAUAUGCACGUCGAGCCUUGUUUCUGAAUUCCCAGAAGAUUGUAGAUUUUAUCCAGCUGAUACAAAAGAUGAGUUACACAAGUUCAUGUGGCUCUUUAGGGAUCAAAGGCUAACUGUACCACAUUGGAGAACCCAACGGCCAUAUCUCAUGGCACAGAAGGUUGACAUUGUAGAUGAUGAUAACAGCACAGAAGAAUGCACUCUACUUCUUAGUGGUUACUUGCGUUCUCGCAGUCUCUCCUUAUAUCAGCCGGUCCAUGUAUCAGGUGCAGGUGAUUAUCAGGUAAGCAAAAUUGAAGUUCUAAAAGAUCCAUGCCCUUUGAAUAUAAGGAUAGAAAGGGAUCUCAUGGAUGCAGAGGAGGCAUUUGACUUUCAGGUCAUCAGUACCUUGAUUGCAAAGCAUAAAGAAUCUCUGCCGGUUGAAAAUAAACCUAAACACCCGGUUGGAGAGCAAACAUGGCCAACAGAAGCUGAAAUGGCUGAAGCUGACAGAAACCAUCGGGAGAAGAAGCGGAAAAAAAGGAAAUUGCCAGUGGGCACCUCUGAUUAUCAGGCUGCGUGGAUAGUGGAUGACUCUGAUUCCGAUGAUUCAAUUAUAGAUAGUGAUGGGAUGGUAUUGGAUGAAUACACGGCUUCUUUAACUGGGCACGAGGACAAUAAAAAUUUGGAACUUGAUGAUGACCAGGCUUCUCUGCAAUUCACUGCAAGAGAAUCAGAUGAAGAAACUGAAGUUGAUACUGUCAUGGUGGAAGGUGAAAAUCUAACAAGGGAACAGAUAGAGGAAGAGAUUAAAAAAAUUAAAGAAGCCCAAGCUGCAGAUGAAGAGUUUCCAGAUGAAGUAGAUACCCCAUUUGAUGUUCCUGCCCGUAAACGCUUUGCCAAAUAUAGAGGUCUCAAGUCCUUUAGGACCUCUUCAUGGGACACCAAGCCUGCAGAUUAUUACAGAGCAUUUGAAAUUGAAAAUUUUGCAAGGACACAAAAACAUGCACUUGCAAAGGCUUUGGCUAUGGAUAAAAAAAGCAUGGAGAGUUGUGUGCCCUCAGGCACGUAUUUGAGGAUUUAUAUCAGUAAAGUAGCAAAGACUGUUGCGUACAAGUUGUGCAAUCUUUCAAAUAAGAUGCCCAUAAUAGCAAGUGGCCUAAUGGAAGAGGAGUCUAAAAUGUCUAUCCUCCAUUUUAGCAUAAAGAAGAAUGAAAGUUAUGAGGCACCUAUAAAAUCGAAAGAAGAAUUGAUAUUUCAUGUUGGUUUUCGCCAAGUUGUAUGUAGGCCAAUAUUUUCUGUUGAUAAUAUAACUGGGGACAAAAACAAGAUGGAGAGGUUUCUUCAUCCUGGACAGUUUUCUAUAGCAUCUAUAUAUGCUCCACUUUCGUUUCCUUCUCUUCCACUGGUUGCAUUGAAGAGAAGGGGUGAUGAUUCCACAUUAACUGUAGCUGCAUUUGGAUCAUUGAGAAGUGUUGAUCCAGACAAAGUUAUCUUGAAGAAAAUUAUUUUGACUGGUUAUCCUCAGCGAGUUUCCAAAUUGAAAUCCUCUAUAAGAUAUAUGUUUCACAACCCAGAAGAUGUCAAAUGGUUCAAGCCUGUUGAAGUAUGGUCAAAAAAGGGUCGUCGUGGUCGGGUGAAGGAGCCUGUUGGUACACAUGGUGCUAUGAAAUGUGUGUUCAAUGGUGUUCUUCAGCAGCAUGAUACUGUAUGCAUGAGCUUGUACAAGCGCACUUUUCCUAAGUGGCCUGAACACAAGUUCCCAAUUCAUUAGAAUGGGAAUGAA